AUUUUGCCCAUCGACCAACUCGUUCAAGCCAUCAUGAUCACAGACGAAGUCAUGUCGACCAUGUGGAAGCACGGUGGCGUACUCGACAGUCCUACGUCUCCCAUGACCGACUGCGAUGUCUUGUCUCCACCGAGAAAAGACCCAAAGCAGGUGUCUUCGCCCGUCGUAAGCGUAACCAGCAACCGCGAAGCCAAGCUAAAGAAGGAUCGCCUGCGCAAGAAACACAGCAAAGAGAAGGUGAUCAUGGAGAUGGAGGAUCUCAAACGCACAGCGGACGAACUGAGGGGUCAGCUAUCUUCUCUUCAGCGCCACCGCAAGCGCAAAGCAGUAUCGUCUUCACCUGUCGACUGGAGGCGGGUCGCAAUGGUCGAGCGGCAGCGCAUUGACGCCGGGCAUGUCGAAGGCGCGCGAUUGUUCCACGAGAUUGUGUUUGCCGUCGAAAAGUCCGUCCUCUAUCGCACUUUGGCAUGGGACGCGUCCCAAUCCCAGAUGUACUUGGACCAUCGAAGCGACCCGUGGACGGUUCACACGCUGCCCGCCAACCCCACGGACCAACUGCUCGCCCUCAUGCGACUGAGUGAGUACCAAGCGAACAGGUUCACGACCGACAUGUACGCCAAGCUGCCGGACUCGACCGCCGGAUCUCCCUUCAGCCUGGUUCUGGACGACUACGGCCAUGACAUUUCGUUCCUCGAGAUGUUCAAGUACGGGUUGGUGCGGGCUCCGUUCCGCGACGUUGCCGCGAUGUUCUUUAACCGCUGGGCACCCAAGGACAGGGUACGACCUGGCCGAACGGUAUGCAUCUCGUCGCCAACAACCAUGUGUGUUACUCGUGCCGUUAGAUGCUGUUUUGUGGCGACAACAUUGCGCUGGCCACGUACAUCGGUCCCGACGGAAACAUUCGGCGGCAGCUGUACCAAGUCCAGUACUUUGAGAGGAGGGCGCUGUGCACACACCGGAGUAUCUUUUACGACGAAGAGCAUGGCGUGACGGCGUCGUCCAACACGGCGGGGUGGUUUGUGUUUGAAGACAUGUCGGAUGCAGAAGGAACCAAGUGCGCCGUCCGAGGAUACACGCAGUUGCAGCUGCACGCGACUACCCCAGCGCUCAUGUCGCAAGAGUACACGAAGGUCAUGAAUCGUUCCACGCAAGCCAAUGCCAUGGUCAACAAGAUGCUCGACGGAUUUGGGAGCAUUGCGCUCAAUUAACCACACGAAGUCCCAUGGCGAUUUCCGGUUGUGGCGAGUGUCAUCGUGAUGACGACUCCAAGCUGCCAUUCUUUGUGAUCAGAGGUGAAUCCAGUGGAUUCGACAACCAGCUUACACCCGUGACGCGAACUCUCGGGACUAACUAAUCGCAUAUGUACAUACAGUGUACAUACUGUGGGACGCAUUCAGUAGUAUACGACAGCC